GCAUAUCCACUUUGACUGUUUUUCUGAGGCCAAUUCAACUCCUACCCUCAUAACUCCAAAUGGCCACUUCAACUCAAAACCCAGUCCGUUUCGGCAUAAUCGGGUGCGCAGACAUAGCUCGGAAGCUUUGCCGAGCCAUCAAUCUCGCGCCAAACGCCGUCCUCUCAGCCGUGGCGAGCCGUUCGCUCGAGAAAGCCGUCAGCUUUGCAAAAGCCAACAAUUUCUCCACUGAAGCCAAGAUCUACGGCUCCUAUGAAGGCCUUAUUGAAGACCCUACAAUCGACGCCAUUUAUUUGCCUCUGCCCACUUCGCUGCACGUAAAAUGGGCCCUGAAAGUGGCCCAAAAUAAGAAGCAUUUGCUGAUGGAGAAGCCGGUGGCCAUGAACGUGCAGGAGUUUGAUGAGAUUGUGAAAGCGUGUGAGGAGAAUGGAGUUCAGUUGAUGGAUGGUACCAUGUGGGUCCAUCAUCCCAGGACUGCGAAAAUGAAGGAGUUUCUUGGUGAUGCGGAGCGUUUUGGUCAGCUUAGAAGGAUACACACAUGCUUCUCAUUUGCUGUUGAUCCUGAUUUUCUCAAAAAUGAUAUUCGUGUAAAGCCAGAUCUAGAUGGUCUUGGUUCUCUUGGUGAUGUUGGUUGGUAUGGCAUCAGGGCAAUCCUGUGGGCAGCUGAUUAUGAACUGCCAAAAACAGUUACAGCCUUGCCUGGGCCGGUUCACAAUGAAGCAGGGGUAAUCUUAUCUUGCGGGGCAUCUCUUUAUUGGGAAGAUGAGAAAGUAGCCACCUUCCAUUGCUCUUUUUUAGAAAAUUUGACAAUGGACAUAACCGCAAUCGGAACAAAAGGAACCUUGCAUGUUCAUGACUUCGUUAUUCCAUUUCAUGAGAAUGAGGCCUCUUUCAGUGCAGGUACCAAAUGCUUUUUCAAUGAUCUUGUGACUGCAUGGACACCGUUGCCAAGCGAGCACACUGUAACUGCAGAUCUUCCUCAAGAAGUUUGCAUGGUGAGAGAAUUUUCUCGCUUGGUCGGAGACAUUAAAAAUGGCACAAAGCUUGAGCGUAAGUGGCCAAUCAUCAGUAGGAAGACACAGAUAAUAUUGGAUGCUGUGAGGGCAUCAAUUGAAAAAGAUUUCACCCCAGUUACAGUUCAGUGGUAAAUUAGGUUUCUCUGCUCUGUGCUUGGCCAUUUCAUUGCACUUCUAAUAAAGAUGAUUCGGUUGUGGUAAAUGUUUUUAUUCAGUAAAUAUAUGUAAGAUUGUGCAGCUUAUGAUGUGUAACCUGGAUUUGUAUUCUAGAUACUGUGCUUGAAAAGGACUGCUUCUUUACUUCAGUUUAUGAGUUUUUAAAUAAGAUCUUGUAAGGGUGCGCUCAGUAUUGUUUUCUUCUUA